GUCCGGAUUAGCAGAUGUGGCAUAUUGAUAUUAAUCGCGUAAUCAUAACGAUAAGCGUCAUAAGCUUCACAUACAAUGUAUCAAGGGUAUAUUAAAAAAAUUCUGACAGAUCAGGAAAGGUGUGUCACACAUACUUUGGUAUCAGUAUGAAAAAUAUGCACUUAUCCAUAAUUUCCACGUUUAGACAAUUGUGGACUAAAAAUAUCUUUUCAGUUCUGGCAACUGAGUAAACGUUUAGAAUCGAUUUUGAUUCAGUUUACAACAAGUUUGCAUACGCGGCAAUUCGCAAUAAUGCGUUUCUCAAAGUACAGAAAGAUUCUUGUCUAUGCUGUCACAUUCUUAGCUUACGCUUGGUCGGGCUAUGGAGCUGAUUUAUUGGGAAAUAUUCGGGACGCAGUUUUAUCUGCUGAAAGCAUAUUUGGUGAUUUUUUUCAAAAUGCUGUGACUGUUGCCAAAAAAUUCAGAGAUGUUCAUGAAGUCAUUGAUGCUGCAGCCGAGGAUUCAUGCAUUUACCGAUGCCCUGGAGGUGCAUUACCAAAGCCAAAUUGGAAUCACAAACCAAAGAGCAAUGGAUGCGGAGCAAUGGGAUUAGAGCAAUUUCAAGAAUUUUUUACCAAUGAUGAGAUCAAGAUUUGCUGUGACAACCAUGACAUCUGCUACGAUACUUGCAACUCUGACAAAGAAAAAUGCGAUUUGGAUUUCAAACGAUGUCUGUACAAGUAUUGUGAUACCUUGGAAUCAACCAGUAUAAAUGUAAUGAGAGCUUGCAGAGCUGCAGCAAAACUGUAUUUUGCUGGCACCACAACGUUUGGAUGUAAAAGUUUUCUUGAUUCUCAGAAGCAAGCGUGCUAUUGCAAUGAAAAAUGGAAUUCUAGAUACAAAUAACCAAAGGAAAAUGUAUGAACUGUUUGAGUAAAUUUGCAUUAGGUAACCAAUUUAAUUGCGAGGAUAUUUGUAGUAAUUAAAGCAUAGAAAUUUGUAUAAACUGUAUUAAGACUGGAGACUAAUUAUGACAAUUAUGAGAUCAGAGUAUUGACCAUGUCAUUAUUAAUUGUCUUUUACAACAAACAGGAGUAUGUAAGCAAUAUCCAAGGGUUGUAAGCCAAGUUUUUGAUGGUGUUCAUCAUUUUCAAUAACUGUACUUAUUGUACCUGUACAUGAUAAACUAUUUUUAUGUAAGUCUGUGAAAAAAUAGAAGUUUUUUAUCAAACCUUA